CUUUAAUCCUCCGUGUCCCCAAGAAACUUAAUUGGAUCUCAUCUGCGAGCUCGCUCUCGGUCAAUCCCCCACAGCUUUUCUUUAAUCCCAUCUCCUACACACUUUGAUCGGUAAUCAUCACCACUCCCUGGCGAGGUUUAGGAGCUCUUAAUUGCAAAGCGUGAACCGUGAAGCCUCCGAGAGACAGAAGCUACUCCUAGAAGGAAUCCAAACCAAGAACCGAGACUCCCCCCAAUAGACUGAUGCGCACACACUCCUCGACCUCCUCGGAUUCUCUGUGUGCUGCGUGUCUGUGUGAGUGAGUGAGUGGGUGAGUGAGUGAGUUGGAGAGAGGGCUUCCCAUUUCUCACUGCCUCCAUGCGCCUGUAGUGCACUGCUCCAGCGGUCCAUCUCCAGCCUCCAAUCAUCCAGUUCGUGCUUCGUUAUUGGCUGUGUGUAUCUGGAAAGGGGAAGGGGAAGAGGAAGUGGAAGAAAGGUCUCUUCUCUGGGGGACAAGAUCAGCUUCAGUUAAGAGCUUCUGAUAAAGUGAGUGUCCUUGGAUCAUGAGAAGCUGGAUGCUAGAGCACGGUAGUAUGUGGCCAAUGAGUCUAAAAACUGUGGUGAUUCUGUUAACACUCAUGGUUCGAAAUGUUUCAGGAUCAUUUGUUGGCAUCAAUGUUGGUACUGAUAUUUCGAAGCCACCAUCAGCAUCAGACAUAGUGUCUAUCCUGAAAGAAAAGAAGAUUCAACAUGUUCGUCUGCUUGAUUCAGACCAUCAGAUGCUAACUGCUCUUGCAAAUACUGGAAUAGAAGUGAUGGUCGGGGUUCCAAAUGAUCAACUACUUCGUGUGGGGCAAUCUCGUUCUACAGCUGCUGAUUGGAUUAACAAAAAUGUCGCUGCCUACAUUCCAGCGACUAACAUUACAUAUAUUGCUGUGGGAAAUGAGGUUCUUACUACAGUACCAAAUGCAGCUCUUGUUCUUAUACCUGCAUUGCAAUUCCUUCAAUCAGCACUUUUAGCUGCAAAUCUCAAUACCCAGGUGAAAAUUUCAAGUCCUCAUUCAACAGACAUGAUCUCAAAACCAUUUCCUCCAUCUACUGCCACAUUCAAUUCAACAUGGAGCUCGAUAAUGUCUCAGUAUCUUCAAUUUCUGAACAAUACAGGAUCUUCCUUCAUGCUGAACGCCCAACCUUAUUAUGACUAUGUCAAAGGGCAAGGCGUAUUCCCCUUAGAAUAUGCCCUGUUUCGAUCACUCAACCCUGAUAGUCAAAUUUCAGAUCCCAACACAAAUUUGUUCUAUAGCAAUAUGUUUGAUGCUAUGGUUGAUGCUACUUACAGCUCAAUGCAAGCAAUGAAUUUCAGUGGGAUACCUGUUAUGGUUACAGCUUCUGGGUGGCCAUGGAAUGGUGGGCAAAAUGAGAAGGCUGCUAAUGUGGACAAUGCUUUGGCCUACAAUACAAACCUCAUACGCCAUGUAUUAAAUAAUUCUGGUACUCCUAGUCAGCCCAAUAACCAAGUCAGCACAUACAUAUUUGAGCUGUUCAAUGAGGAUCUUCGGUCAGGACCUGUCUCAGAGAAAAAUUGGGGUAUCAUGUUUCCAAAUGCAACUACUGUGUACAGCAUCACAUUUGAAGACAUGGCCACAGCUAAUAUAGAUUCACCAGCUUUGCGUGGGACGUUCUGUGUAGCGAAUUCAAGUGCUCCUCAUAGUGCACUGAAGCAAAGUUUGGAUUGGGCAUGUGGUCCUGGCUCUGCAAACUGCAGUGCAAUUCAACCUGGGAAACCGUGCUAUAAAUCAGAUGACAUUGUAGCUGUUGCUUCUUAUGCUUUCAAUGAUUAUUACCAUAGAACACAAGCAAGUGGCGGAACAUGCAAUUUCAAUAGCACUGCAAUUGUAACAUCUACUGAUCCAAGCCAUGGUUCAUGCAUUUUUGCAGGAAGCACUGGCUCCAACGGCAGCAGUGGUGGUGCAGCUUCUGGGCCUGUAAGCCAAGACAAUUUUGCUACGCAGAUUCAGUCCUGCUUGUUGAUUCACUUAAUUGGCACAUUGGUGCUCAUUUUAGUUUUCCUGUACGUCACCAACGCAAAGAGCCGGCCCACGUACUCAUCCUUCUUUCCUCCCUCCUCUCCUCCGGCACGCUCCGUCGUCGUCGUCGCCACCGAUCCCUCGAGGACCAUGUCCUCCUCAUCCACCUCCUUCCCCAACUCCCGCUCCCCUUUCCCCUCCGGCGCCGGUGGAGGCGGAAGCUCCGGCGGUGGAGGUGGGGGUGGAGGUAGAGGAUGGAGCGGCGUGCGCCCAUGGGGCUCCAGCGGCGGGACGUCGGUGUCGUCGUCGGGGAAGCGGAUUCAGAAGGAGCUGAUGGAUCUCAGCGCCGCCGACUGCUCCGCCGGGCCUAAGGGCGACAACCUCUACCACUGGCUCUCCACCAUCAUCGGACCCCAGGGGUCCCCGUAUGAAGGAGGGAUAUUUUUCCUUGAUAUUAUAUUCCCAAUUGAGUAUCCAUUUAAACCUCCCACGGUAAUUUUCAAGACAAGAAUUUACCACUGCAAUGUUGAUUCCAAUGGUAACUUGAGUAUGGACAUUUUAAGGGAAGGCUGGAGUCCUGCUUUAACUAUUUCGAAGGUGCUACUUGCCAUUAAAGCCAUCAUCACAAACCCGGAUCCAUACUGCCCACUUGUGCCAAGCAUUGGACGUUUAUACUUGACCGAUAGAUCUAAGCAUGACGAAAUAGCUGCGGAGUGGACAAUGAGGUUUGCAAGAUAGGAGUUCUAUCUGCAGC